AUGAAAGUGGAACCGUUAAUGAAGAGUAAAGACGAUGAAAUUCUUAAAAUGGAAAUUUUCGUGCUGAAGAAAAUUCAAAAUUCCCGUCAUGUUUGCCGAUGUUUAGCUUCGGGAAAAACCGAUUCUUAUACAUAUGUAGUGAUGAGUUUACUAGGAAAAGAGUUAUCCGAGAUCAGACGUCGCUUACCUAAUCGAAAAAUCAGCUUACCAUCAACACUAAGGAUAGCUAUACAAAUUGUCAGGGUAUGUUCGUUUUUUCGCUAG